GCUCGCGGCUUGUUCCUGCUCUGAUUCACUAUUUUUUUCAUUCUACAACCAGGCCCGGCAGGGAGUGGGCAUGCAAGAUGGCGGCGCGGUGGGGAGCUGCCGAGGAGACUCUAACAGCGUGCAAUAUGGACAUUUUCCCCCUGGAAACACUAGGAGAGGCUGCAGGGAUCGGCUCCAGUGAAAGUCUCCAAAGCUGCAUAGAUCCCUCCCUACUUUCCAUCUUUGAGGACUUACCGACGUCAGAGACUAAAGGCCUAGAUGAGGAGAGCGAGGCCUCGCUGCUGACAGCUUUGACGGAGAUACUUGAUAAUGUGGGUGAUGAGAACCUGUCCCCCUUUGACACUCUGCCUGAUGCUGACCUGCUGUCUAAAGGCAGGGAGCACUCGCCGCUCAGGAGAAUGCUAUGCCUGUCUCGUUCACCUCAGAAAGAUUCGCUAUGCAGCACCAGACUGAUGUCAGGUGGAAAGAACCUGUCCAGAAUGAAGGCAGACUCUGUCCAGAGGAGUGAUGGGGAGGAAGAGGAGGACAGCUCCUUCACUCAGAGCCCAGAGAGGGACGAGUCCUCUCCAGACCUCCCUGGCUGGGAAGGUCUGCAGUUACCCCUCCCUUUGAUGUUGGAGCACGAGGACGACGACGGUCUUUCAGUCAGCCUCGGGGAUCUGGUCAGGCACAUGCACCCAUACUGCAUGGCCAUAUCCGUGGAGAACGAGGAGGGCGAGCAGAUGCUGCCUGAAGGGGGCAUAGUGUUGGAGGUUGUGGACCAGGGAGAAAAUGGAGAACCCAUCUUUGCCAUCCCAAACAUUGAACCUUCCUUUUCCCUUGAUCUGCCACCCCUACAGCAAGAGGAAAGGGAAGCAGCAGCUGUAGAAGAGGAGUCAGGUGACAGCUCAGAGCAUAUAGUAGUGGAUGAUGAAGACGAUAUUCCCUUCAGAAAGAACUGUGAAAUUGCUGCUGCAGUUACUCAAGUUGCACAUUUAGAAGCGAAGAAUGAAGUUGUUAGGAGUAAGAAGGAGAGAAAAAUGAAAAGCCCUUCGAGGAGGAAAAAGAAAUCCAAAGAGAACCAGCAGCCGCCGGCGCCUGUAGAAGGAAGGGUCCUCAGGAGUGGCAGGGUAAGAAGGGUGGCGGCCAUCCCCCCCAAAAAUCCUGAGAAAAAGGUUGUGGAAGAAAAGGUACAGAAAGGUCCAAAGGCUCCUGCUCCACCAAGGCCACCUCCGAAACCUGAAGAUGUAAAAGAAUCUAAAAAAAAGAAGGAAAACUCCACAGCAGCCCCGCUUCCUGAAAAGACAGAAAAAGUUGUCCCACCGCUGUUGAUCAGACGGAUCACCACCCCUGCAGCCAAUGAGACGCUGCUCACUUGCCCAGCCACAGCUGAGAGCUCCCAGCAGCUCAGUGAAGCACAAACACCUCCUCCGGCUUCAGCCGCAGGAGAAAAAACUGGAGGCUCCUCUACACCUCCCUCUGCUUCCCUCCCUCCAACAUCCUCAGAAAGCCCUAAACCUGCUGCUGCUGAGCUCCCCCCUCCUAUCAGCAUUACCCCUCCAGUCCCAGAACCCAAACCCAAGUCGCUCAGUCUUGAGGAGUACAGAAGACUGCGGCAGCAGAAAAAGCCCGCUCCAGUGGAAAAACCAUAUGAGAGCAUCACCAAGUGGCCAAGCCUUCCAGAGGCCCCCAAGGAGCUCCCCCCUAUACCCCACCUGCCUGACCCCAACCCCAGGGACCCGAAACGUGUCGCCCCCCAGGCAGCAAAGAAAGAUGAGGAGGUGGAGGUGAAACCUGCCUGGCAGCCAAGGGGACCCUGUGCACCCCCCACCCCCCAGGCUCUGUUGCAGCCACCAGCCUACAUGAUUUCUUCAUCCAGCAAAUCUUCAGCUGCUGCUCCUAAACCCCAGCAAACCCAGGAUCCCUCCAAACCACCCCAAAUGUCCCCAACUGCUCCCCCUGAUUCAGCCAAUGCUUCAGCCGCACCCCCUCAAACCUCUGCCAAGCCCACUGAUCCCCGUGUGCCUCGGAGCUUAGCUCCUCCUGCACCUUCAAAGCCUUCAAUCCAAGCAGACAGGAUGUGUUCCUCUCCUAGUUCAGGAAGACAAGCUGAGUCUGUGAAUCCAAAGUCUGUACAGGACACUAGAGUCUGCCCCAAAACCACUACAAAUAUAGAAAACCCCGGUGCUGCUGCUGGGUCAGUCCCCAGUGUCUCUGCCGUUUCCCAGAAGAUUCCUGGGGUCGCUGUUUCUACCUCAAGUGGUCCACCCACAUCGGAUAGAAAGAUCCCCAAACCCAAAGAGCAAAGCACCCCCCCAUGUGCUGCACCCUCUUUGGGUUCCCAUAAUCGCAUAAACCAUCCUGCUGUGGCGGCUUCUAAAGAGAGACCUGCUGCAGCCCAGAAAGCAAACGGUGACACUCAGGCGCUGAUUCAAAUGUUUACCAGUGAAAUGGGUAUUGAGGCUGCUGACAUGACCAGUUUACUAGAGCGGUUUGAGGAGACACAAGCAAAAGAAAAAUGUGUGCCGGAGGUCUCUGGUAGAGCAGCAGCUGUAGGAAACUCGAGAGCUGCAGUGGUUCCAGAGAAGGCUGUAAUGAAGUGUGCAGGCACUAAUGACCUCCCAUGCAAUGCCGCUCUGGUUUCAAAGACUACACCCCCCAACCAGAUGUGGAAACCUCUGGCCCCCUUGACUCAGUUGGGAAAAUCUAAAACCUCUGAAGCAUCAAAGCCCAGCCCCUCAAAGGUGAUCCAGAUAGAGGCACAGCCUCUACCCCUAUUUAGGUUGCGUAGUAAAGCCACCCCUGCUGCUGCCCCAAUUUCCCCAGAUCUAGCAUGCAUGGAUCACGACUAUUGCCUCUCCAACAAAAGCGUUUCCCCAGGCGAGCCAAGCAAGUGCUGGAAUGUUAAACAGCCAUCUGCCUUCCCCAUUAAACCGGUUAACCAGAACCCUUCAGGCCCAACACCCACGCCACCUCCUGUCUCCGCUGCAUCAACCCAGUCUACCACAAAUUCUGAGAUUUUAUCUAUAACACAAAAUUGUCCACAAGCCUCUGUGAAUGAAAACAUGGAAACCGAGGCAGGGGAGUGCUCUGGUACAGAGACUCCUAAUGCUUCUCCAUCCCAGCAGGAAUGUGUCACAAGCCCCAGAAGAAGACCAUCAGCAAGGUCCUACCGCCGGUAUGUUGAUUCUCCGACCCCUAGUCCCAGUUGCAGUCCCAAAGAAAGAACUCGAGGGCGGUCAAGAAAAAGAUUUUACCGCUCCCCUAGCCCAGCGUCUAGCUGCUCAGACAGCUAUUCCUCUAGAUCUCGAUCUAGGUCCAGAUCUCCACAGAGGAAAAGGUAUCGACGUCGGAAUUCAGACAGCAGUCGAAGCCCCUCCUCCCAAUCCUCUUCCCACUCGUCUCCCUCUUGGUCUCGGUCCCCUCCCAGGAGGAGGAAAUACUCCUACUCCUCCUCACGCUCUGGAUCUUGGAGCCGUUCUAGGUCGCGGUCUCUGUCUCCUCAAAGACGAGUUCAGUGGAGUGGAAGCAUGGGGUUGCACAGCCCCUCAUACAGACCAAGAGGCCUUCAUGGAACAAAGACAAAUAUUGAUGAGACAAAAAGACGCAAGGAGAAAGCUAUUGAAGAGAGGCGGGUCGUUUAUGUUGGCAAAAUUCGGGGAAGCAUGACCCAAAGAGAGCUCAGGGAGCGCUUUUCUUUAUUCGGUGAAAUUGAGGAAUGUACCCUGCACUUUAGAGAACACGGGGAUAACUAUGGGUUUGUGACUUAUUACAACACCAAGGAUGCGUUUACAGCCAUUGAAAAUGGCAGCAAGCUGCGCAAACCUGACGAGCUUCCCUUUGAUCUCUGUUUUGGUGGAAGGAGACAGUUCUGUCAGUCCAGCUAUGCUGACUUAGAUUCAAAUAGAGAGUAUGACCCCUUGCCUACAAAAGGCAAGUAUCACGCACUAGACUUCGACACCUUACUGAAGCAGGCUCAGCAGAGCCUGAAGAGGUAACAUGAGGUCUACGAUGGGAAGCUGCUGACGCAUACCUCAGGCGACUGGUGUCUGCAACUGCAAAAAAUGUUUUAUUACAUUUUGGUUGCUACACUGUGCUUAUUUUGUUUCUCAAGGCUAACACCUUCUAUUGAAGUGAGAAUUUAUAAUGAAACUUAAAAAUGAGUUUAAAAAAAAAUUAACAGAUGGAGAAAAGAUUUUUUUUUUAAGUUUAUUUAAAUGUACAAUUAAAUUUCAAUUGUAUGAGGGAAUGUUUAAAGUCGAAAAGGAGAGGAACUACCUUAUUUUCAGAAGAGCAUGUAAUGCAAUAAAUGUACUACAAGCUUGAAUAAAAAAGUAAAAUGGU